AGCUGGAGCGCCGACAGACGGACAACGACGACGACGACCAAGUUAGAGACGAUAACAUUGCAACAACAACCUAGACUUGUGCCUACUACGCUUCGCCUCGCCCCUCACCACUCAAAAGCCCAACAAUGUCCGGACCCGCAACAGGCGCCGCCGCUUCCAAGGUCACCAACGCCGCCGCUAACAAGGCCACGUCCAAGUGGCAGGCGUUUGUCAACCACCCCGCUGGUCCCAAGACCAUCUUCUUCUGGGCUCCCCUCGCCAAGUGGGCCCUCGUCGCUGCCGGCAUCAAGGACCUCCAGCGCCCUGCCGACAAGCUCUCGGUCAGCCAGAACGUCGCGCUCGCGGCUACGGGCUUCAUCUGGGUCCGCUACUCGCUGGUCAUCACGCCAGUCAACUACUCGCUGGCCGCCGUCAACUUCUUCGUCGGCACGACCGGCCUGACCCAGCUGUACCGUAUCUGGGACUGGCGCAGGAAGAACCCCGAGGCGUACGCCGCCGAGGAGAAGGCCAAGGCAGCCAAGGCGGCCGCCGCCAAGCUCUCGCCCGCUUAGGUUGUCGGAUAGGUUUGUAAGAUAUGGCGGUCGUGGCCGUCUUAGGUAUGAUGCAUAGAUCUGGGCACGG